AGCCUGAAGUUUCACCGUACCGCCCCCUGAGUGUGGACUUUGUAGAGCGAGAAAAGAGGAAAAGAAGCAGGAGAGCUGUCCCCCCCGUUUUAGUGUCUGUUCAACAUGUUUAAAGUUGUGUCCCGUCUCAGUGCAGGACAGUCCUGCUUUUGGCCCAGUUUCGCCAAAUUCCACAACUCCGCAACCGGUGCAUUAUGUCAGAAAUCAGCCUUCAAAUUCCCUCCUGCAGACUUGCCAGAGAUGCCAUUGUGCAAUUUCACUCCAGAGGAAUACAAGGGCAUGUCAAAAGAGCAGAUGAUGGAGAUCCGCAGACUGAACUGCAACCCUAUGACCAUGAAGGUUACCUAUUAUAAGAAGCCCGUGUUCAUCCACCAGGGACACAUGCAGUGGCUGUGGGACGUGGAUGGGAGGCGGUAUCUGGAUCUGUUUGCUGGUGUGGCUACUGUCAGUGUGGGCCACUGCCACCCGAAAGUCACUGCAGCUGCAGAGAAGCAGUUGAAAAAACUGUGGCAUACUACCAGUAUCUAUGUCUAUCCUACUCUCCACGAGUAUUGUGAGAAACUGGCUUCCUACUUCCCGGAUCCUCUUAAGGUGGUGUAUCUGACCAACAGUGGCUCAGAGGCCAAUGACCUGGCGAUGUUGAUGGCUCGACUCCACACAGGCAACUUUGAUAUAAUCACAUUCAGAGGAUCAUAUCAUGGUGGCAGCCCACAGUCCAUGGGUCUUACUUCCAAUGCAGCGUACAAAUACCCAAUUGCCAGUGGUUUAGGCUGCACAAAUACCAUGUGUCCCGAUGUGUUCAGAGGUCCAUGGGGAGGAAGCCACUGCAGGGACUCUCCUGUCCAGACAAUCAGAGAGUGUAGCUGUGCCCAAGGCCAGUGCAUGGCAAAUGAACAAUACAUCGGACAGCUCAAAGAGACGUUCGCCACCAGUGUUCCAAGCAGAAUCGCUGCUUUCUUUGGCGAGCCUAUUCAGGGGGUUGGAGGAGCUGUGCAGUACCCCAAAAACUACCUCAAGGAGGCUUACAAACUUGUAAGGGAGAGAGGAGGAAUCUGCAUUGCUGAUGAGGUUCAGACUGGAUUUGGGCGAACAGGAACCCACUUCUGGGGUUUCCAAGGGCAUGACGUCAUUCCUGACAUGGUUACAAUGGCGAAGGGCAUCGGCAACGGAUUCCCAAUGGGAGCUGUUGUUACAACACCAGAAAUUGCCGCCUCAUUUGCUAAGGGGGUCCAUUUCAACACCUUUGGAGGAAAUCCUGUGGCUUGUGCCGUUGCUUCAUCUGUGCUUGAUACGAUUAAAGACGACGGCAGUCAGCAGAACAGUCUUCACGUUGGCACUUAUCUGAUGACAGAACUAGCAAAACUCAGAGACAAGUAUGAGAUCAUUGGAGAUGUCCGUGGAAAAGGCCUCCAGAUCGGUGUGGAAAUGGUCAAAGACAAGGCCAGCAGAGAUCCGCUGCCUCCUGAUGCAAUGGCUGAGAUCUUUGAGGAUGUUAAGGACAUGGGAGUCCUGAUUGGAAAAGGAGGAAUAUACGGACAGACUUUCCGCAUCAAACCCCCAAUGUGCAUCACGAUGAAAGAUGCUGCUUUCUUCUUGGCAGUUUUUGACAAGUCCCUCCACAAUUUCAUGGAAGCCAAGUAAAGGUCAGAUGGAUUUCUCCAUGCCGAGCCCCAAAACCCGUAAACAUGUCACUGACUUCAGUUCUUUUAGUUCUUUGAAUCUCACAUCACUGGCUUUAAUUCUUUUGUAUGUUUUGAAUCGCAACUCUUAACUUUAUUACAUUCCCAGCACCAACUACCUCUGUGAUAAAAUAAGUAUUUUAACCAUGUAUAACUGUACACUUCAGGAAUCUUCAGUAGCAGUCUUAAAUAUUUCCGUCCUGGCUGAUGUAGGAAUAACCGUUAGUACUAGCUGUAAUAAUACCGCAACGAAAACAUUACCAUUUACCAUUCAGUUUAACAAAGACGUUGGGCCAUAGUUGGCCUUUUUUGUUCUGUGAGCAGUCUGCAUCUGUGAUGUUUUGUGUUG